CGCGCCACUGUCAACAAGGCCGCGUUGCUAUGGUGACCAAGACAGGUCCGGGAAGUGACGUCACCAGGGCGCUAAACUACAACUGGAGAAGUUAGUAGCAGAAGACCCUUUUUCUUUUCAAAGAGCAAAAUUUACUUGUGUGUAAGUCAUACAUAUAAUUAUGGAAUGAGUCAGUCCUGGAGAGGAGGAUGGAGAGGUGGUGGUGGAGGAAAUCAUUAUUCAGGGGGCUGGAGAGGUCGCCCUUGGAAGCAGAGAGACAACAGGAGGGGACAGAGUGGCAACUACAGUAAAAACAAUGUUCCACAUCCCUCAAGUUUCCCCGAUGCCUGUGCUAGACCUCGAUUAACGCAGACUACGUUGGAUAAGUACAUUCCAUACAAAGGAUGGAAGCGAUACUUCUCUGAAGCUUACAGUGACAGCUCCCCAUUCGUACUGAAAGUCCAGGCCUUUGAGAAGUUCUUUACAAAGCACAUAGAAUUGUAUGACAAGGAUGAAAUUGAAAGAAAAGGCAGCAUACUUGUGGACUAUAAGGAGCUGCUACAGGACAAUGAGCUUAUGGCAUCUGUCCCCCUGUCUACUGAGCUCAGAGAGAUGCCAGAGAAGAUAUUUGCUUGUAUGGGACUGGCAAUACACCAGGUGUUAACCAAGGACCUUGAGAGACAUGCAGUAGAGUUACAGGAGGAGGAAGGUCUUCCAUUAGAGGAGGCCCCCAUUGUCAAUGUGCCGUACAUACAUGCUAGGGUCUACAAUUAUGAGCCACUGACCCCUCUGAAAAACCUCAGGGCCAAUUUGUAUGGGAAAUAUGUUGCUCUACGUGGCACAGUUGUGCGAGUCAGUAACAUUAAACCACUAUGCAACAAAAUUGCCUUUAUAUGCAACAUGUGCGGUGAUGUACAGAGCCUUCCCCUUCCUGAUGGGAAGUACACCGUCCCAACAAAGUGUCCAGUACCAGAAUGCCGCGGGCGUUCAUUCACAGCAAACCGAGGUUCUCCUCUAACAGUGACCGUGGACUGGCAGACCAUCAAAGUCCAAGAGAUGACGUCCGAUGAUCAGCGAGAAACUGGGAGGAUCCCAAGAACAGUUGAGUGUGAACUGAUUCAGGAUUUGGUGGACAGCUGUGUCCCUGGAGAUAUGGUGACAAUCACUGGAAUUGUUAAAGUAUCGAAUGUUAAAGACGGAGGGUUUAAGAACAAAAACAAUAAAUGCAUGUUCCUGUUGUACAUUGAGGCGAACUCUGUGAGUAACAGCAAGGGCCAGAAAGGGAAAGACGCUGAGGGGAGCGGCAGCUCUGGGGCCACUAUGGACUUCUCACUGAAAGACCUUUACGCUAUUCAGGAGAUCCAAGCUCAGGAAAACCUCUUCAAAUUAAUAGUCAACUCCCUGUGCCCUACAAUAUAUGGACAUGAGGUGGUAAAAGCUGGUCUGUCCCUUGCACUUUUUGGAGGAUGCCAAAAAUUUGUGGAUGACAAAAACCGGAUUCCAGUUCGUGGAGAUCCUCACAUACUAGUAGUUGGAGAUCCUGGCUUAGGAAAAAGUCAGAUGUUGCAGGCAGUGUGCAACGUGGCUCCCCGUGGUAUCUAUGUAUGUGGAAACACCACUACAACCUCUGGGCUGACAGUAACUCUGUCCAGAGACAGCGCAACUGGAGAUUUUGGUUUAGAAGCCGGAGCACUUGUUUUGGGAGAUCAAGGUAUAUGUGGAAUAGAUGAGUUUGAUAAGAUGGGAAAUCAGCACCAGGCUCUGUUGGAAGCUAUGGAGCAACAGAGCAUUAGUCUUGCUAAGGCUGGGAUAGUCUGCAGUUUACCAGCCAGGACGUCCAUCAUUGCUGCAGCUAACCCAAUUGGGGGACACUACAACAAAGGCAAGACUGUCUCUGAAAACUUAAAGAUGGGAAGUGCCUUACUCUCAAGAUUUGACUUAGUGUUCAUCCUGCUUGAUACCCCAAAUGAAGACCAUGAUCAUUUGCUUUCGGAGCAUGUGAUGGCCAUGAGGGCCGGGUCUAAGGAAAUUCUACGCAGCGCAAAUAUUACUCGUUCAGGCACUCAGGACACCAACACGUCUAUCCUAGAGAUGCCCUCUGAGAGGCCUUUAAGAGAGAGAUUAAAGAUCCGACCAGGGGAACAUUUCGAUGCCCUACCACACCAGCUGUUACGGAAGUACAUCAGUUAUGCCCGCCAGUAUGCCCAGCCCAAGCUGUCUCUAGAUGCUGCUCAGGUCCUCCAGAACUUCUACCUGGAACUCAGGAAGCAGAAGCAGGGCAUAGACAGUACUCCUAUAACUACCAGACAGCUGGAGUCUCUGAUCCGUCUAACAGAGGCCCGUGCCAGACUAGAGCUAAGAGAGGAGGCCACCAAAGAAGAUGCUGAAGAUGUUGUACAAAUAAUGAAAUACAGCAUGCUUGGAACAUACUCUGAUGAGUUUGGGAAGCUGGAUUUCAAUAGAUCUCAGCAUGGUUCAGGAAUGAGCAAUCGGUCACAAGCAAAAAAAUUUGUCUCUGCUCUCAACACAAUUGCAGAAAGAACCUACAAUAACCUGUUUGAGUAUCAACAGCUUCGGCAGAUUGCGAAGGAAGUGCACAUUCAGGUUUCUGACUUUGAAAGUUUUGUGGGCUCACUGAACGACCAAGGUUAUCUGUUAAAGAAAGGUCCCAAAGUUUAUCAACUCCAAACUAUGUAGCAUUAUUUUACUGUAUAUGUUGUUUCUUCACUAUGUUCGAUUGGAAAUGAAAUAUCAACUGCAAUGUCAUGUUCCUUAAUAUGUCUGUAAGUAAAAUAUCCGUAAUGUAUUCAUUGUUCUGCUACUCUUGGGGGGGGGGGGGGGUCAAGCGUAUGUGUUAAUACAUUGUGCACAAGAUUACAUAACCUGUCAUCCUUGUGUGUAUUCUGCGGACAAUAGGCCUAAUUCAAGGUUGAUUGCAAAAGCAAAAACUUCCUCUAAUGGGCAAAACCAUGUGCGCUGCAGGUGGGGCGGAUAUAACGUGCAGAGAGAGGUACUGUAGAUUUGGGUGGGUUAUUUUGUUUCUGUGCAGGGUAAAUACUGGCUGCUUUAUUUUUAUACUGCAAUUUAGAUUUCAGUUUGAACACACCCCACCCAAAUCUAACUCUCUCUGCACAUGUUAUAUCUGCCCCACCUGCAGUGCACAUGGUUUUGCCCAUUAGAGGAAGAUUUUAUGCUUUUGCAAUCAACCUUGAAUUAGGCCCUAUGUGUUUGGACAGAUGGUACUUCUAUACAAUGCUCUGCCUACUGCAUAUGUUAAGGUGGGUACACACUGAGAGAUCCGUGCUUAAAAUCUAAGCAAUCUGACUAGAUUGCUUAGAAAUUAAGCACGGAUCUCUUGUGUGUAUGCCCCCCAGCGAUAGUGAUGCGCGGCGCUAUAGCCGGUGCUAGAUUGGCCUGUGCACUGUGCUGAGCGGGGGGAGAGAUGUGUGCUGAGCGUCCUGUGACAUCGCUCAGCACACAUCUCUCCUAGUGUGUACUGGCCUUUACUUUAAGCCCAGUACCCACGGGCCGAUGCAGGAGAGAUGUGUGCUGAGCGAACCGCUCAGCACACAUCUCUCCUGCCGCUCAGCACAGCGCGAUCUGUGCUGAGCGUGCGGGGGGAGACGGGGGGGCCGCUCAUUUCACCCAGCGGGUGAAGUGAGCGACCCGCUAGAUUGGCCUGCAUGCAGGCCAAUCUAGCAGCAGCGAUAGCGAUGUGCGGGGCCGCGCAUCGCUAUCGCCGAGGGGGCUACACACGGAGCGAUCAUGCCGAUAUUCUAAGCAAUCUAGUCAGAUUGCUUAGAAUAUCGCUCCGUGAGUACCCCCCUUUACAGUGUGAAAUGGUACAUUAUCUAUAAGUGCCUCACCAGUUUUAUGAUUAACGUGCUCUCUGUACUGCUUUAGCAGCUGUUCUUUGACACUUGUCCUCCCUUAAUCUGCCCCAAUAAUGAGUGUAAGUUUAUGAAGUCAGAAUUUGUACUAAGAACUUACCAUUUGCGAAUCAUAUAUAGAAACUUCACAGUCAUGAAACAGAACAAAAAUGUACUGGGUGCAAAGCGGGGAGGAGAGGGUGGGAGGGGGUAGUCUCAGGUCCUAUAGGUAAUGGUCACCUGUUUAAAAUAGAUUUCCAUUUUUGCCUGUUUUUCUGUAAUUUAUUUUGUUAAGUUAUCUGCUUCAGUAUAUCAUUUAGAAAAUGGGACCAAAAUAAAUGUCUUGUUUUUGUUGCAAA